AUGGAGAGGGAGCGCCUGGGGGCUUUCAGGGAGAGGCAGCGCCUCGAGAGGGAGGCCGGCGUCCCUGGAGCCACAUCGGGCCGGGCCUGGGCUGAUGCGGCAGCCAGUGGGACGCUGCAGGAGGACAGGCACACAGCACCUGCGCCGGCCCCAUCUGAUGCCUUGUUGACCCGCCUCCGCUCCGACAUAGCAAAGUGGGACCGGCUGUAUGGCGCGGAGGGGUCGCCGCCUGACGCAGCGCGGCCCGUGCCCAGCUCCCACAUCCCCUGGCUCCCCUGCGACGCGGAGCGGUACCUGCAGUACCUUGCUCUGGUGCUGGAGCGCAGGGCACCCGGUCCUCCACCCGCCCCAACAUGCAAGAGAUCCGGACACGACAGGGCGCUGCGCCGCGCCUACGCGCGCGCCUGCCUGUGGUGGCACCCCGACAAGUUCGCGCAGCGCGUGGGCUGGCGGCUGGCGGCGGCCGAGCGCGAGGCCGUGCUGGCCAGGGUGCAGGACACCUUCCAGGCCGUCAGCGGGGCGUGGGCUGGCGCGGGGCUGAGGGACCUGCGGGGCGAGGAGGCGUGA